AUAGAUCAGCGGUCGCCAACCUGUCGAUCGCGAGCUACCGGUAGCUCGCGGAUGCAAUUCUGGUAGCUCUCACAAUUUUAAAAACACAAACUGCAAAAAUCAGAGAAGCUUCCGAAAAUUCCACAAAAAAAUGUAAUUGUCAUAAUAUUAAACAUAAACAGCGGCAACGUUGCGGUGAGCGAUGCCGCUGACGCCAUCAAGCUAGAAGCGGCUAGAACCGACCGGCCGGACCAGCGCGUUAGUGUUCGAGAGAGAACGGUCUGGAUUGCUUUGAACGGUAUAAAUACGCACGGUGCGGCGACAUUGCGCUUAGUUUAAAACUGAACCUGAACGCAUAACCAACGUCCAGCGGUUGGGUUAGUAGAGAACAACAAAAAAGAAUAUUAUGGCAAGCAGUAGUAAGAAGGUAAAGACAUACCACUUUCAUUCGGAAUGGGAAGAACAGUACUUUUUUACAGAAGUUAAAGGUAAAAAUGUGUGUUUGUUAUGUAAUACUUCGGUCUCCGUUGCUAAAAAAGGAAAUAUUGAGAGACAUCAUACAACUGUACAUUCUAAUUUUGAAAAAUCAUUCCCACUACAUUCUGUCGCCAGAAAGGAGAAACUGAAACAGUUAAAAAAUCAGUUAAUCGGACAACAAUCAAUAUUUUUAAGAACAGUCGACAAAAAUAAGGCUGCAACUGAAGCAUCGUACCGUGUGUCCCAGAUAAUUGCACAAAAAAAGAAACCUUAUGAAGACGGGGAAAUGAUAAAACAGGCGUUUUUAGAAGCUGCUGAUUCGUUAUUUGCCAACUUUAGAAAUAAAGACGAGAUACUUUCAGCUAUAAAAUCUAUGCAACUUUCUGCUAAUACAGUGAUGAGACGUGUAGAAGUAAUGAGCAAUGAUAUUUUUUUACAGUUAAGAACUGACUUAGAUAACUGUGUUUAUUUUUCACUUCAACUGGAUGAAUCAACAGAUGUGGUUGAGACUGCCCAGAUGGCCGUGUUCGUCAGGAUGGUUUUUAGUGAUUUUACGAUUAAAGAAGAUCUUUUGAAGUUUAUUCCACUGAAAGGAUACACUACUGGACAGGAGUUGUUUUCUCAUUUAAAAAAUAUUAUUUCUUCCGAGAAAAUUCCAAUAUCGAAAAUGGUAGGCUUGACAACCGAUGGCGCUCCAGCUAUGGUGGGUUGUGAUAAGGGUCUGGUGGCGUUAUGUCGUAAAGAUGAAACUUUUCCGCAAUUUCUCUCUUACCACUGCAUUAUCCAUCAGCAAGCAUUAUGUGGAAAUUUUCUGAAACUAAACAACGUUAUGAAACUGGUGGUAAAAAUUGUGAACAAGAUUAGAGCUCAAGCAUUACAAAGAAGAUUAUUCAAAACUUUGGCCGAUGAAGUCGACUGUCAAUACGGGGACCUACUCCUUCACUCUGGAGUCCGAUGGCUAAGUAGAGGACGAGUGCUGAAACGUUUUAAUGAUGUCCUAUCUGGCAUAGUUCAAUUUUUCAAACAACGCGAUGAACCGAUUCCGGAACUAGAAAAUUCAAUCUGGCUUCGGGAUUUUGGUUUUCUCGUGGACAUUACAGAGAAAUUAAACGAACUUAAUUUGCAGCUUCAGGGGAGAGACAAAGAACUAGCGGAAAUGAUUUCUGAUAUAAAAGCAUUUAUCAGAAAGCUGGAGUUUUGGGAACAAAACCUAAUUAACAGCGAUGCCAAGCAUUUUCCUAUUCUUUCAGAAAAGAUAUCUCAAAAUCCAUUAGAACCCUAUGACAGCAAAUAUCAUGUAGAAAUAGUUUCUACCUUGAAGAAUAACUUCAAAAAUCGUUUUAAGGACUUCGACGAAAUGGCUUUAGUAGCGCAGUUUGUUGGUUCACCCUUUAUGGAAAUUGAUAUCCAACAGUUUGCAACUUGUGUUAUGCAGAACUUUGGCGAAGACAUCGCUGCAACAGAAAUGGAAGUAAUUGAGUUUCAAAAUGAUUUAGCCUUAAAAUCGUUAGUCUCAAGUACCAAAUGUAUCUGGUCUAUUGUAAGCAAAGACAAAUAUUCAGUUCUAUGCCGUGUUGCCUUGAAAGUGAAAGCAUUAUUCAGUUCAACCUAUUUGUGUGAAUCUUCUUUUUCCAAUAUGAAGUUUAUUAAGAACAAAUAUCGCAAUCGACUUACAGAUGAACAUUUGGAUAAUUGUAUUCGAAUGGCUGUAUCAAAUUAUACUGCAAACAUUAAAAAAAUUAUCGAUGAGUCUGAGUGUCAGCCUUCCCAUUGAACGUGCUUUUUUAUUUCUCAAUGUUUAUGUUUAUGAUAGUGCGUUACUUUUUUGUUGAUAUUAAUAACAAUUUUUAAAUCUUACGUGACAUGCCGUUGUGGCUGGAUAAAAGUUUGUGUUUAUUUUUCAAACACCUUCGUUUGGUAGGUAGGAAUGUAGCUAUGAACAAGUACGUACUAGUAAUAUUAGUUGUUUUGUUAUUAGUUUAUUAUUAGUACCUAUGACAUGUAUUAUGUAUUACCAGUUAAAUAGUAAAAUAAAUACAUAUAAUGAUAAAUUAACUCUGGAUUAUUUCAUUUACGUUGCGUUACGUGGCUUCCGUGUGGGUAGCUCACUGUUUAUUCCAAAAUUAACAUAGUAGCUCAACACAUUGAAGAGGUUGGCGACCGCUGAUAUAGAUGAUGGACACAUAGGUCGCGUUCAUCAGGAUAAGUUGAU